AUCUGCCCUCUUUAGCCUCCCAAAGUGUUGGGAUUACAGGCGUGAGCCGCUGCGCCCAGCCACAUCUUCUUUACAUAGGUAUUACUCUGUUAAGCACAUGGUAGAUACUCAAUACAUAUUUGUCACAGGUGGAUUGGAAAUGAAGCAGGCUCAGGCUUGCUUUUGAACUUUGUAUUCUCAUAAGUACAAUUCUUCCCAUUAUGACUGAGAAGGGGUUACCAAUUUGCUUGCAUACACAGGAGAAACACCCUUUCUACAACAGCUUAAAAUUCUUCCUUCUAUAACCACUGAUUUUCCAAGAGAUGGAAAUGUCAACUGUGAGGGGAGGGAGAUUGUAAGUAGCUGGUCUGUGCUAUGGCAGAACAGUCUUAUUAUCAGAUACUAAAAUGAAAAAAUCUUGCUGAGUGAAAUGUAACCCUCCAUCAGAGACCACUGGGAUGCAGCUAGAUUUGCUCAAACAGCCUCCCACUAAAGCCUCUCCAGGCAUGCUUUCCUUCCAUUCUUAGUAAGGGAAAUCAGUCUUGAUUCUUCAGGCAAGAAGUACAUGGGGUUUUUUUGUAAACAAUAUAAUCUUAACAGAAACUGAAGUCCAGAGAAGUUAGGUCACUGGCAUGAGGGUUUCAAAGUGUAUCUGACCUGAUACCAUAUAGAUUGCAAGAUAAUUCAGAGUUGGGAGCCUAAGGAAUUACAGGAGAAAUCUUAGGGAAUGUCAAAAUCAGCUACAGUCUUCCCCUCUCUUUGGUGUUUGUGUUUGUGAAAUUCCUUUUCAUUCAAUUCUUAUGUCAUGCUGAGUCAUAAAAAGAAGUGUUCUUCAGUGCAACACAUCUCUGGAGGCCGCUUAAGCCAGCCUCUGUGUUAGUCAUCACUAUACUCACAGGCUUGGAGCCAGUGCCAUUCACACUUCCCCCUCUUCUGCAGCAGACAGACUGAGUUCCUCUAAUCCCUGUGUUCCUUCUCCCCCAUCUUUCUAAAACCCUUCUCUGAGAGAGGAAUAACUAUAGCUUCGGGGAUAAUAUAGCUUUAAGGAAACUUUUGGCAGAUGCGGACGUCGUAACAUCUGGGCAGUGUUAACAGAAUCCCGGAGGUCGGGACAGACCAGGAGCCACUCGUUCUAGGAAUGUUGAAGUAGAAGGUUUUUUCCAAUUGAUGAGAGGAGCAGAGAGGAAGGAGAAAGAGGAGAGAGAAAAAGGGCACAAAAUACCAUAAAACAGGACUGACUCCUCCCCUGAGCAUGGCAUUUCAUUGAAAGCAUAUCCCAUAUUUCUGCUUCCCCACUUUUGGAAGUUAAUUGAUGGCUGACUUCUGAAAGUCACUUUUCUUUACCCUGGUACUUCAGGCCAUACAUACAUCUUUUCUUGUCUCCAUAAUCCUCCCUUUCAAGGAUGGCCAGUCAACUAACUCAAAGAGGAGCUCUCUCUCUGCUGUUCUUCCUGACUCCAGCAGUGACACCAACAUGGUAUGCAGGUUCUGGCUACUAUCCAGAUGAAAGCUACAAUGAAGUAUAUGCAGAGGAGGUCCCACGGGCUCCUGCCCUGGACUACCGAGUCCCCCGAUGGUGUUAUACAUUAAAUAUUCAGGAUGGAGAAGCCACAUGCUACUCACCGAGGGGAGGAAAUUAUCACAGCAGCCUGGGCACACGUUGUGAGCUCUCCUGUGACCGGGGCUUUCGACUGAUUGGAAGAAGGUCGGUGCAAUGCCUGCCAAGCCGUCGCUGGUCUGGAACUGCCUACUGCAGGCAGAUGAGAUGCCACGCACUGCCAUUCAUCACUAGUGGCACUUACACCUGCACAAAUGGAGUGCUUCUUGACUCUCGCUGUGACUAUAGCUGUUCCAGUGGCUACCACCUGGAAGGUGAUCGCAGCCGAAUCUGCAUGGAAGAUGGGAGAUGGAGUGGAGGCGAGCCUGUAUGUGUAGACAUAGAUCCCCCCAAGAUCCGCUGUCCCCACUCACGUGAGAAGAUGGCAGAGCCAGAGAAAUUGACUGCUCGAGUAUACUGGGACCCGCCAUUGGUGAAAGAUUCUGCUGAUGGUACCAUCACCAGAGUGACACUUCGGGGCCCUGAGCCUGGCUCUCACUUUCCUGAAGGGGAGCACGUGAUUCGUUACACUGCCUAUGACCGAGCCUACAAUCGGGCCAGCUGCAAGUUCAUUGUGAAAGUACAAGUGAGACGCUGCCCAAGUCUGAAACCUCCGCAGCACGGCUACCUCACCUGCACCUCAGCAGGGGACAACUAUGGUGCCACCUGUGAAUACCACUGUGAUGGCGGUUAUGAUCGCCAGGGGACACCCUCCCGGGUCUGUCAAUCCAGCCGCCAGUGGUCAGGUUCACCACCAAUCUGUACUCCUAUGAAGAUUAACGUCAAUGUCAACUCAGCUGCUGGUCUCCUGGAUCAAUUCUAUGAGAAACAGCGACUCCUCAUCAUCUCAGCUCCUGAUCCCUCCAACCGAUAUUAUAAAAUGCAGAUCUCUAUGCUACAGCAAUCCACCUGUGGACUGGAUUUGCGGCAUGUGACCAUCAUUGAACUGGUGGGACAGCCACCUCAGGAGGUGGGGCGCAUCCGGGAGCAACAGCUGUCAGCCAACAUCAUCGAGGAGCUCAGGCAAUUUCAGCGCCUCACUCGCUCCUACUUCAAUAUGGUGUUGAUUGACAAGCAGGGCAUCGACCGAGACCGCUACAUGGAACCUGUCACCCCCGAGGAAAUCUUCACAUUCAUUGAUGACUACCUACUGAGCAAUCAGGAGUUGACCCAGCGCCGGGAGCAAAGGGACAUAUGCGAGUGAACUUGAGCCAGGGCAUGGUUGAAGUCAACGGAAAAGCUCCUCUAGUUAGCUGAAACUGAGACCUAAUAAAAGGAGGAAAUGGUUUCCCACAGUUCUAGGGACAGGACUCUGAGGUGGGUGAGUUUGCCAAAUCCUACAACAUUUCCAGGCAUCCUUUUAGGGCUGUUUAAUAGUUUCCCUAGAAGCUAGGUAGGGACUGAGGACAGGCCUUGGGCAGUGGGUUGGGGGUAGAAGUUCUUCCUUUCCUAACCCAGGCCCCUGCCCAGCUCUCCAAAGUCUUUCAGAAAAGUAAAUCCUAAAUUCA